CUUAAGAGUUUCAAGACACAAGGAAAGGUCGACUCCGUGACAGUGUUCAUUCUUGGGAGCGUACAUUAUGGAGAAGCUGAAGUCACUGGUGCCGGAGAACUUGAAGCAGACGGUGGGUUCAAGCACCGUCGAUGAUCUUCCCUCAUCGUGUUCUUUCUUAUUACGCCUUUUUCAGCAAUCCCAGCUCUUCUUCCAAGUCAUCGGGGAUUUGGCAAUGGACCCUGAAAAUGCUCUCUGUGGUAAGAAAAAGGACGCUGCUCUGGAGUUGAAGCGCCAGGGAAAUCAAUGCUUCUUGAAGGGGGAUUAUGCUCCUGCGUUGGUUUAUUAUUCCCAGGCACUGCAAGUGGCUCCGAUGAAUGCUGUUGACAUGGAUAAGAAUUUGGUUGCAACCUUAUAUGUGAAUCGAGCAUCAGUUUUGCUUAAAAUGGAUCUGCAAUUGGAGUGUUUACGUGAUUGCAAUAGAGCACUUCAAAUUUCAUCAAACUAUGCAAAGGCAUGGUAUAGAAGAGGUAAAGCAAAUGCUAGUAUGGGAAAUUUUCAUGAUGCUAUCCGUGACUUUCAAAUGUCUAAGAGUGUGGAGGUAUCAUUCAAUGGAAAGAAACAGGUAGACGACGAGUUGAAGAUCAUCCAACGUCAGCACAAGAGGUCAAAUACAGUACUGGAACAUAGCAACAACAACAAAUUAGACGAUUUUGAUGAGCCAAUUCAAGUAAAAUUACAUGUCACCACGUCGAAUAAAGGUAGAGGAAUGGUUUCACCCAUUGAGAUACCUCCAUCAUCCUUGGUCCAUGUUGAAGAACCUUAUGCCUUGGUAAUAUUGAAGCAUUGUAGAGAAACUCACUGCCAUUACUGCUUGAAUGAGCUACCAGCAGAUAAAGUACCCUGUCCAUCAUGCUCGAUUCCUCUGUACUGCUCACAACGUUGCCAAAUACAAGCCGGGGGACGAAUGUUACAAAACGUUCCAGAUAAUAAAGAGAUUUUAAAAGAUCUAUCUGAUGACCUCAGAAAGUAUGUUCAAGAAAUAACUUUGCCCAGUUUUGCUGACUUAAGGACUGAUGAUGUUCCUGAACAUAAACAUGAAUGUGAUGGUGUGCACUGGCCUGUAAUUUUGCCAUCUGAAAUAGUUUUGGCUGGGCGAAUAGUGGCUAAAUUUGUAGGACAGGGAGGUGUCUUUGCAGAUGCUUCUAACCUUGUGGAUAUGUUGAAUCUUUCACACCAUUUUUCGGAAAUGCACGCUGACAGCAAGCUGGAGUGUAUCAUCUAUUCCAUUAUAUUAUCAAGUUGUCUUCGGCAAUUUUUCCCCUCUCAACUUCCAGUAAAUGAGAACACUAUCUCGCAGAUUGUCAUACUUAUAUCCCAAAUCAGAACAAAUUCUAUAUCUAUUGUCCGUAUGAAAUCCUUCGAUGCACCGGGGUCACGAGAUCAGUCUGGAAGAUUAUCUAGCGUGGUUCCUUUUACUUGUAAUAUGGAACAAGUCAGAGUAGGUCAAGCUAUUUAUACAACUGGAAGCUUGUUUAACCAUUCAUGCAAACCGAACAUCCAUGCAUAUUUCAAUUCACGUACCCUCUUUAUUCGGACAACUGCGUCCGUGACAGUGGGGUGCCCCCUAGAGUUGUCAUACGGUCCACAGGUUGGUCAAUUGGACUGCAAAGACCGUCUUAAGUUGCUAGAGGAUGAGUACUCUUUCAAAUGUCAGUGUAGUGGUUGCUCAAUGGUGCAUAUACCUGACCUUGUCCUCAAUGCAUUUUGUUGCAUUAAUUCAAGCUGCUGUGGCGUAGUCUUGGAUAGAUCCAUCUUCAACUGUGAAAACAAGAAAACCAAGGACUAUCUUACGGUCGACGAACAAAGUAGGCUUGAGCCUUUCAUGCUGACUGACAGCUUCCUUCAUGCUGGUCCUAGCCAUUGUUUGAAGUGCGGAUCUUAUCGUAAUAUAAAAUCAUCUCGUUCGACUGUGGACGAGGCCUGGAUUCACUUUACGAGGUUGCAGCAGGAGAUAAAUUCAAAUAGGGUAUCCGAGACGACAGUCUCAGAUGCUUUGAGAGCCCUGUGCUCACUGAAGUCUACAUUGCAUGCAUAUAAUAAGCGUAUAGCAGAAGCUGAAGACAAUCUGUCACAGGCCUUCUGUUUGCUUGGAAAACUCGAGCUGGCAGCGGACCAUUGUAAAGCAUCAAUUCGGAUUCUAGAGAAGUUGUAUGGCGAAAACCAUAUCACCAUUGGCAACGAACUCUUGAAGCUGUCUUCCAUUCUGUUGUCUGUGGGUGACUGCAAUGGUGUGGAGUGCAUUAAACGAUUGAGUGAAAUUUUCAGGUGUCAUUAUGGAUGGCAUGCCAACGCAAUGUUCCCAUUUUUGAACAUCUUGGAGGAAGAAACUCACAAAUUUGUCAGCACAGAUGUUUGAUCACAACGUGCAUGGAACCCAAAUUUGUCAACUGUUCGAUCUUUUUUUUUUUUUUUUUUUUUUUUUU